ACUCACUCACUCACGCACUCACUCACUCACAGCUGCAGAGCGGAGCAGCGCAACACACCAGAGCGGAGCAGCAGCAGCAGCACACAGCGCGAUGGUGCGCCUCAGGACCGCGUCGCGCAACUUAACUGCGUUUCGACACGCAGCCAAACUCACGGACUUGUGAGGCGAAUCACUUCGACCGUUCAGCCCCGAACUCAGCAAAAUGGACAGCAAACUAUUUCGAGGACCCUGAACCAACACCGCGGCGAACGAGCUCAUGGUGAUCUCCACAGAACGGACCAAAGACGCGCCGAGCACGGUCACCUUCGCUGUCGAGGAGGCUCGCAAAGGGAUCCCGAGAACGGCGCCGACGCGUCCGCGGCCAGCAGCGACGAGCGCACCGGAUCCCUCAGAUCGAUGAAGAAUGCGCGAGCGCACGCACAGUCGAUGAAGCCGGCGGCGGGAUCAUGCGUGUCCUGCCCGAGCCGAGCGCGCAGUCACUGCGGCUGGUGUUUCUCUUCGUCUUCGUCAUGGAUGUAGCGCCGUCCCCGGCUCUGACCGCCGGCUGCCCUGACCGCUGCGUGUGCGACGACCAGCUGGUGGUCCAGUGCGCCGGGCAACAGUUAAGCGACUUCCCCGUGGACCUUCCGCUGGCCACCCGGCAGCUGAUCAUCUCCAACAACCGGAUCGGCGACCUGCCGGCGCUGCAGCUCAACUACCUGUCGGACCUGGUGUACCUGGACUGCAGCAACAACUCGCUGACGGAGAUCUCCGAGUCUACUUUCGGCAACCUGCGCAAGCUCGCCUACCUGGAUCUGUCUUUCAACGGCCUGACGCAGAUCGAGGACCGGACGUUUGGCCCGCUGGCCAGCCUGGUGAUGCUGAGGAUGACGGAUAACCCGGGGCUGUCGGAGAUCCACGCGGACGCGUUCGCGGAGAACGCGGCGCUGCAGGUGCUGGACGUGAGCCGCAACAACCUGACGGCGCUCAACAUCAGCUCUCUGAUCGCGCUGCCGGCGCUGCGCUCGCUGGGGCUCAGCGGGAACCCCUGGAGGUGCGACUGCGACACGGAGGACCUGUGCCUCUGGAUCCAGAUCGAGGGCUUCAAGUUCCAAGAUGAGGGCCAGACGGUGUGCCAGGGGCCGCCGGACAUGCUGGGUCAGCGCCUGGCGGAGGUGGGCAUGCAGCUGCGAUCGGAGUGCCACCAGGGACUGGGUUACUGGGACUACCUGUUCUUCAUCGCCAUCGGCUUCGUCAUCUUCAGCGCCGGGACGGUGUCGGCCUGGGUGAUGGGCGUCCUCAUGGUCCUGUACGAGCGCUACAGCAAGAGGAAGAGCGAGGAGCUGGACAGCGAGGACGAGGAGGAGACGGUCACCCGAGGGGCAGGAAGUGGAGGAGGAGGGGGUAACCACGGCAACGGGGACCUGAGCAAACCAGGCAUGCAGGUGUGACCAGAGCACAGAGGGACGCUGGGAAAUCUUUGAUGAACACACAGCGAGCUGCGGACAGAGCGAAGGAGUUUUCUUUACUAUAAAGAGGUUUAAAGUGCACUUUUUUAGAAUGUGUCAACCUUAGUUUUAGAUUAAGACGAAGAAGAGCAGGGCAGGACAGACAGGUUCUUAUCGGUGGACUCAGACAGUUGAGAGGGUCACGGUGAACUUUCAGCUGUUUCUGACAGAUCUGAGGGGUUGGUCUCGGUUAAAAGAGUAGAAAUAAUGCUCUCUCUCACACACACAACGCUCUACCCAGUGUUAGUAAUGUAACUGGGGAAGAGUGACAACACUGUGUUUCACACUUAAGAGAGAGACAGCGAGAAAGAGAAAAGACAGCGGGAAGACAGAUAGGUAGAGAGGCUCGAAGACUUGUCCAGUAACCUAUCUCAGCUUUUAUUUACUAGCUCGGUCAAAGAACGGAAAAUAUAAGUGGGGGAUAUACAAGGCAGUCUCUCCAGACUCAUGCAGUGUGAAAUGAACGAAUAGAAGAUGGAAGACUCUUCUAAACUGUCUGCACAACUCCAUGGAAGGCUGAAAAUGCUUUUUCAGGGGUCACAGACUGACUGACUGCUCAAAAGAUGGAUUGAUCAAAUUUUAUUGCAGGGCUUUACAAUAAGGAUUCUUUUCGGCUUGCCUUGUCAGGUUAGUAGUUUUCACCCUGUCGAAUAAUACAUAUAUACUGAUGAACAAUAACGAUUGAACAUUUUACCAUAAAGAUAAAUGUUUUUAAUAACAGUAUUCUGCAUCAAAUUGAUCAAAAAAAAAAAAAAAAAACAGAUGUGUUACGAUUUUCACAAGAAUACCGAGUAGCACAACUGCUUUCAACAUUGAAAAUGUUGAAAAAAAAAACCCCAAUGAUUAAAUUUGAAGGCAUAACACCGCACGUAGAUGGUUAAUAUGAAUACAGUGGCCCAGCAGGGCAAGUGAACUGGCUGAAAACAUUCUCACUGGGCCCCGGGCCAUUGUACCGUCCUUAUUGUUGAGCCCUGUAUUGGAAAGGACAUUAUUGAUCUCAGUAAGCCUGUAUGCACUGCACCGAAAAGCCUUACACACAAGAUGUAACCAGUCCAGCAAUAACACCUCCAGGUGAUACUGAGAGCAAUAGAGGGAAACAUGUGAGUGUGUGUGAGUUUGUGUGAGUGCGUGUGGCUGGUCGCUGCGCUAUAGGUGGGGGAGAAUAAAAUAUGUCAGCAUUCUGCAAUUUUGGCAAGGCUUUAAUUUUUUUUAAUCAAAUGUGAUUCCUCCUGUGGCUACCACAUCAUGCCACUCAAGGGCAGAGCUAAAGUGACCCUCUCUCUUCACACUGCACCAUCAGCACUCGAGGGAAUCGCUCCCACCGAGAGUGUUGUUUUAGCCCGCAUUUUUUAGUUGUUUAACACAAUUCCAUUAAGAAAUUAUGGUAAUGGCACAUUUAGACAUUUGUUUCAGCACGGUUCCUCAUCGUCUAUGUUGUGCAGGAUUCAGCAGACUACUACAAUCUGGCAUAGUUUGCUCUGCAGCAUUACCACUGCAAUCCAGACACCUGAAUAGUCUCUUUAAAACGCUGACAGUGCUCUCUGCCUCACAGCAUGUCUGGGUCUAUAGCUAUUCUCCAUUAUUUGACCAUCAGUGCAUGAAUUACUGCUGCCAUGAUCAUUAGAAAAUUGUACACAAAUAUCUUGUUUUGAACCGAACUGGUUUCUGUCAGCUGCAAUAACACAAAGUUAAUUUCUCCAGGCAUAUGGCAGCAUCUUUUGUGACUUCUUUAUGGUUGAGCACUAUACCAACACGGUUAGCAUGUGGCGAGAUGCUGGAUUGAUGGUGAUUAGUUAAAAAAGGAGCAGUUUCACUCCUGAAUUACCACAUACAAAAGCUGACACUACUCUUCUAGCAGAUUCGCCCAUCUGUCUUGGCAUGUUUUAUCCCUAUAUUCAACUUUGGAGAGAGAUGUGUAGAGCAGGCACAUCCUCUCAUCUCUGGAGUUUUUAGCAGAGAGGGAAAGCUGAUUCUGGGGUGUUGCGUGAUUGAGGGUUGCUAAAUCCAUCUGUAACGGGUUAAAGAGCUUAAGGGAAUAAUGCUUCUGGUCUGGGCUGCUCUGGAAAAUAUCUCAGCUGCUGCUUUUAACAAUCUAUAUAUUCUAUAGCUAAUAUUCUGUUGACUUCUUGUUUUCAUUUUCCUAAGAGCCUCAGCGGGUCACUUCUGCACAACUAGUGGAACCCAACAGAAAUACAACCUUUCUUCUUCCAAAACACUCCCAUCUACAAAGCCCCUAAAGCAAAAUGGUGACUGUAAAAAGAAAAUUAUAUGUCAAUGCAAGAGAAUGAUAAUAGGAAUCAUAUUUCAAUAUUUCAACUCAAUUGAGAUAGCAUUUUCCGAAUUAGAGGUUCCCAUCCCAUCUGCUAUUGGUCAGUCAAACAGACAGUUUCGCCCCAAACUAACACCAGUGGUUGAGUCAGUGUUGCUUUGAUGGGACGAGUCGAGAAGUCGAGAAGAGUGACAGGAAUUGAGCAAUUUAAUGUUUCUUAUAAUGUUUUUAUUACUUAUAUACAUCAAAGUUUCCAGUAUAUAAAAAAAAAUAUUAAAAGUUAACCUAUUAUAUGUUGCCCUUAUGAGGUAGUGGCUUAUAAAAAACACCCCUCUCAAGCCAAAAUGAUCCAACUCUGCAACUUCUCUGACAUCUAACUUACUGGCUCUAACGGUGAAGAAAUCACAUAAUGCGUCUUAAAACGUGCACAUGCUCACUAAACCCGGUUGAAAAUUAGUCUGAAGUCUAUAAACCCUACAAGCUGGUCUGUCUAAAGUCUCAACUUCAGGUCACAACCCUCGACUGAAUGUGUGUGUGUCGGCACAUCAAUCUCACCUCGUUCUCAUUCAUUGUCUCUUUCUCUCCUUCUGUCCUCUCUCAUUCGUUAGAAGGUGGGCCGUUUCAGAUUACUGGUUACAGCGAGAUAUCACCAGAUCAGCACUAUUUUGAAAGUGUUAACCCCAUUCUGAGAAAGACUCUUCAGGGAAACAGAAGUGCAUGUCUACAGCUGAGCCAGGAAAUACCUGGAGAGACUUCCUCAAAAACAUAAAAGAAAAUACUGUUAAAAAUGUUGUGACAGAAACAAACAGUAGAGGUCGAAUGAAUUAUGCUGAUGUCAGCACCAUGGCAAUAUAAAGGUGGACAGCAGAGGUAGUAAAUUUUAUAGCAACACGCUGCAGUGUGUGCCGUUUUCACCUGCCGUGAACUCUGAGAGUAAUCAUGCGUGACUAUGUCAUCGCCCUUUAGAAGAAGAGAGAAAUUGGGAAGGAGUUGUAUUGGUGUUUUAUUCCUCUAUGAAUAUUAAUGUGUAAUAUAACAGGUGAUAAAUGGGACGAGCCCUAGUGCUAUCCGAUAGUCAAGUUCAGCGUAAGAGCAGGACUUUAUCUGAGUCUCCAGGCACUAACAGUGCCACAACACUGCAGUCUGCUCAGCUCCAAAACCGCAAGCACCAUCAGCAAUGCAGCAGGGGUGGCCUGUGUCAGGAAGAUCUGUAGAGAUACUCGCACGCAUUCUCUCAAACAGAACGCUAAUGAACUAGCAGCAUGCUACUUCUUUGUGAAUGUACAAACAAAACCUCAGAGCGUUAAAAAUAGAGGCUGGAGUGUAUGUGGUACGCACCAAACAAUUUUCAAACAGAUGCAGCUAGAACCCACAGUGGUCAUUAACGUUAUUUUAAGCAUUAGCUUUUAUUAGUUAAGCUAAUCUGUGGCUCUAGAUAAUGCUUUGUGGAAAAUUGGAAAGUUGAAAGGUGUCACAUGUACAUUUGGGUCUCAAAGGAUGCGUGUUGUAAGCUAGCAAGUUAAUCAGUUAGCAGUUUCUAAUUUAGUACACUGGUGGUUGGGAGGCAAAACAAAUAACAAGAAAAUAGAUAUCUUUGAUCAUUUUUGAUAAAAUAUGAAAACAGUUGUAACUUUAGCGAUACAACAGCUUGCCACUGGAACAGAGUCCAUUGAGGGACUACUUAUCUACCUCUAAAAGGUGCAAACUGGUACCUAAAGCCUGGUACACACUGCACGAUUUUAGCAGUCCUAUAAGAUCAUUGCGUGAUACACUGUGUGACAUGGAUCUAAUACACUUGGCUAAAAUGUCAUCAGCAUGUGCUAGUGGUAAACAAAAAGAGCAUGAUAAAUCACACUUUAGUGGUCGUACUUUAUAUGUAAGCUGACAAAAUGUUGGAGCGGUGAAAGAGAAAGGAACAAGAGUUUGAGUGUCAUGUUUUAGCACCAUGCGUUUAUUUCAUGUUGCAUUUUUAUUGGUUGGUCAGUACAUGUGCAUCGUAACAGUUAAACCCACUACAUGAUGAUCAUGCUGUAUCAUAGACUAUCUUUGUUCGCAACACCAUGACAACUGCCGUUUUUGAACCCCUCUCAUUGUACAAUGAAAGAGCAUUGGUAGGAGCCACAGAAAUCGCCACGAUUGUUUCACGAUGCAAAUCAAAACCAAAAAUCAUACAGUGGGUCUGGGGCUGUAGAGCAGUAAUACACAUGAACCCUUUAGGUACUACUCACCUCCAUUGACGUUACUAUACUGGUGACAAGCUGUUGUACAACGAAAAGGUAACAUUUUUGCACGUUUUCUGAGAGUGCACUGUAUGAAAUGAUAGUUUCUACUAAGUAAACCAAGCAAUUUUGUAGGAUUUCAAAUCAGGUUGAGUACUCCUUAAAAGUUCUUUUAGCCUGUGAAAUCCCCUUUGGGUUUUAGGUGAACUUUAUUCAACUUGACAAAAAAAAUAGUUAAUGAUAGCAUCAUUUGAAGUGGGAAAAAACCCAUGACCAAUUUUGAAUGUUGUGUCUUACCAAUAAUCUCCAUAGAUAGACAAUUAGCAAUUUAGGCCUUGUACAUUCUCAGAUUACUUGUCCCUCAACAACUUUGUACUUUAUUUACCCAUAAAAAGGUUCAUCAUAGUAUGCCUUAUAGGUAGUUAGGUUUAGGUACAAGAUGUUGCGCACCUAAAGCUUUUAUACAUUUUCCCUGUCAGUGUAGAUGCAUUCUAGUUAGGAUUUGAGACACUGCCUCAAAGUUUUUCUCAUACAUUCUUGAUGUGCCAAUGAACAAAAUGAAAGUGUGGGAGAAGGCUCAGAAGAGAUUCAAAUUAGAUUUGUGUGCAGAGAGUAGCUGAUUUAAGGAGUGUUUGGUUCAGCCUUUAGUAAAAAGUCUAGGAAAUAAUAUUGAUCUUAGUUCUUUUUUUUUAACUUUUGUUUAGGAUUGGAGCUUGGGGACCAGAGGCAGUGCUGCAGACUGCAGGUCUCGCACAGGACUGAAUUUGGGCUCUGUGAGACUUUAGAUUUGCUGGAUUGAUUUGCUGUCUGCAGAGGUGUGUCCGUCACGCUCUGUCCAUCAUGCAUGAAGCACUGCAGAAUUUCCCCAACGGAGAGACGCUAAAACACUCUUCUUUUUUCCUUGUCGUGUUACAUCUCAUAGCUUCUCUUCAUUUUGUGGCUCAUCUCAUCUUGUUUCUUUUUGUGUCUUCUCCUCUCUUCCUUAUCAUGUCUCCUUUCUGUUCCAUCAUUUGUCUUGUUGUCUUGUCACAUCUAGUCUCUCCCUUGUCUUCCAUUCACAUCUCUGUCUUCUCUUCUCUUCUCUUCUCUUCUCUUCUCUUCUCUUCUCUUCUCUUCUCUUCUCUUCUCUUCUCUUCUCUUCUCUUCUCUUCUCUUCUCUUCUCUUCUCUUGAUUGUUGUGCCUGGUCUCAUCUUAUUAUUGUCUUGUCUCCUGUCUUCCUCGUCAUGUCUCUUUCUACUCCUCCUAGUCCUUUGUCUUGUCAUCUUGUUUCAUCCUCAUUUUGUCUUGGCUUGUUUCAUCUCUUCUUUUGUUCUCUCCUCAUCCUUCUCCUUGUCUCAUCUUUUCUCCUCCUCACUCAGUCUUUUCUUGUCUCUUUCUGGUUCACCUGGUCUCAUUUUGUCUGUUCUCAUCAUUUGUUUGGUCACUUCUCAUGUCUCCAUGUCUCCACUACUUGUCUAAUUUCUCUCGUCUUUGCUUUGCCUCUAUUCUCUUAUUGUCAUUUGUCUUGUCUAAUUUAGUCUCGUCUGUUGUCUUCUUUUCUCAUCUCCCAGCUCGUCUCGUUUUAUCUUCCCAUAUAUCCUCUAUUAUCUUAUUUUGUCUCAUUCUCGAAUCUCAUCUCCUCCCCUUCUUCUGUAUCUCUUUUUAACUCAACUCCAGUCAUACCAUCUAGUCUCUUUUUUGUCUCUUCUGCAGUAGCUGCUCAGUAAUAGCUCUGUUCUGACACUGUCCUCCUCUUUUCGUAUCUCUGCAGUGCUGGUUUAGUGAGGGUGAUGCCAUAAAGGCUGCUGUAAGCCAUCUUCCUCUGUCUUAAGGAAGAGGAGGACUAAAUCAGAGCGGAUGACAGGUUUCCACUGGGAACCAAAGCUUAGAGACUUUGCUCUGCCUUGACUCACAAUGCUUUCAUCCACUUUAAGCAUCAUGUUGAUUUUCCCAUUAGCAGUUGGGUGAGUGUAGACAGCUUGACAUUUUACCUCUAUUAUAUAUAUAUAUUUUUACUAUAAUAUAUAUAUAUAUAUAUAUAUAUAUAUAUAUAUAUAUAUAUAUAUAUAUAUAUAUAUAUAUAUAUAUAUAUAUAUAUAUAUAUAUAUAUAUAUACACUUUUUCAUGAUUAUGAUCAAAUCUAAACACAACCUUUCUCUUGAAAUGUCUGCUGCAUACUUGUGAAGAGAAAGAAUCCAUGUUUUGAACCCAUUAUCGAUCAGAGUCCAGAAGAAUGACAGCUGCUCUCAGCACUAUAUGUUCUCACAAUGACCCUGCGUAUGGUGCAUCAUCAAAUGCCAUUAUGACCUCAUUUGGGCAACAUUCUUCCAGCCUGAAACGUCAUCUCCCAAAUUAGUCCCACACAUAAGGUCACUGAUCAUUUUUAUGGGGUGUGGGACAGUUCACUGGGAAAUUUAGUGUAGUCAGAUCACCUCCCUUGCCAAAUACUUGCUCGGUGUGUGUGAGAGGUCCUCCAUUCUGAUAACCCCUCUUGAGCUCUUGGCAUCCUGUAACACAGCGGAGGCUCGACUGCAGUGUGACAACAGCUUAGAGCAGGAAGAGAACGCUGAUGCUCACAAACACACUCUACAGAGCCGGAUCAGCCCUUUAUCAUCUCUGACAGACUGAAAACUUUUAUUUAUCAGUUAUUCUCUUUUUCUCCCCCUCUUUGUGUCUUUGUGCUAUUGGUGCACAUCCGGAAUCAGUGUUUCAGCAGCUACUUUGAAACUGCAGUUUAUAAAAAACUACAGACCAGUCAUAAUUUAGAAUGACUAAAUUACAGGCAUGCUUCCCUGCAAGAAAUACCUUUUAAAGGCUAAAAUUACUUAUCAUUAGAUAUCAUAAGGUUUAUUAGAUGUGAAAUCCUAUCAUAAUAACUUUGCAGUCAUAAUCAUAUGUUACACUGUUAAACUUUUUAUUGCAAUUUUACAAGGCAGCCCUAUUGACAGUAAGUUACUGUAACCAUGCCCAUUUACAGUAGCCUGCACAAUUUCAUAAUUUCAUUUCACAAUAUAAUGCUACUACUGCUUUUUGAGCAUACAGUAAAGUACAGCAAAUUCCCAUAUACAAUAAAGUACUGCAAAUGGCAUAAAAAUACCCAUUAUGCAGUGCAUAUUACAGUAGUUAACUGUAAAAAUAUUUUUAAACAUAAAAUGCUAAUGAACCAUUGGUUAAAAAGAACCAGGCAACCAUGCAAAUGUUUUCCAGCAAGUAGCGCAGGCAAGACAUGCAUAUUUCUGUUUGAAAAUCUACUUAAUUAGUAGAGUCACCACUUUAAGUUAGUUCCUCUGCAACAUCGCUUAUAAUACUGCAGCCAGGACGGUUAAUUCUGAGGACGUCUCUUGGGGCAUAAUCAAAGCAUCUGAUGUAAUCAGUCAAUAACAUGGUCACACAUACACACACGGCCUGCCUUCCAGGAGCAAUAAACAGGUGACUUUGAGGCCUCGCAAAAUGUCAAAGUAGUUUUACGACAGGAGAGAAAGUAGAGAGUCUUUUGCAGUUGUUUCAAGAGCAAAACAUGAAAUAUUCACGAGCAUUUAAUCUCUGCUUACUGACAUUCACAUCUGAGCAGCCCGUUCUCUAAAUGCAAGUGCUUGCGUGUACAUUGACAAUUGCACAUUCAGUAGGGAUUUCAUGUGAAUCUCUCAGACAGCUGCCUGCUCGUUGUGUAAGGGGUGACACACAGAAUCACACAGGGGCCCAAGGGGGCCCCUGACCUAUUUACAGCCCCUACCCCACUGGUCACACACAGCCAAACACACACACUGAGUCUGUAACAUUUCCACACACACACAAAAAAAAACAUACCCAAAUUCAACCUUCCUAGGGAUUUUGUAACUAAAAUAAGGGAGAAGGCGUGAGAAUGGUUAGAAAACUAAACUGAGAUCAUCAUGUCGUUAGUAGUGGCCCACUCUUAUGGAAAGCAGAAAAUGUUUGGAAGUUUAGUAGAAGAGGUUUAGUUGAACCAAGUUUAAAUGUUUAUCAGAUAUGGCAAUAAUCUCAAGGUAGCCAAAUAUCAUUCAGUUAGUUGUGCUGGUCAACAUAUUGGUGUAUCAUGUUCCCUCUGUUGUUAUCUUUUGGCACUUUACAAAUGGCACUUUGACUUUCAUGUCCAAAAAGUGCAAAAACUAAAUUUUCUCUUAAUGGGAUAGUUCACAAAAAAAAAAAGAAAUUGUCAUAAUUUACUCAAGUUUGACUAAACGAGAUUUUAUUUUUUUCUGUGAAAAAUAAAUUUCAAACUGGGGUCGAAUGGGCAGUCUAAAAUAAAUGGGGUCCAAAAUGACAUUGAACUGAAACCCUGUUGACUUCCAAAUAAAAACUGAGAACAAUUCUCAAAAACUCUUUGUGUGUUUUCCAGUGGCGAAAAACAAAGGCAUACAGGUUUGGUCCAACAUAAGGGUUAGCAAAUGAUGAUAAUUAAAUUUUUAAGAGAACUGUCGUUUUUUUUUUACCCAUCGUGCAGUAUGUAGUACAUAUACGUAUAUACCUUAGUAAUAAUGAAAUCCCCAUUUCUCUGCAGCUUCGGUCUUUAAUGGUUCUUGAAUGCACCUCGAUGUCCGUCCUUGCAGUAAAGCAGAUGCUGAAUGUAAAAUUGCCAUUUUAUGAACAUGGUCUUUCAUGCUUUGGGCUUAAUCUGAUCUGUCGUAAUGGGAUUCAGCUUUGCACUGGACUGGUGAAGCGGGAAAGUACACAUGCUUCACACACUUUGGUGUUUAGGAAACCAAGUCAAGAAACUCCUCACCGUAUGAACAUUUAGGGCUCUUUCAGCUCUGCAAGAAGCUCUGUCUAUUUAAUAAAACUAUAGUAACUUAUAUUAAGUAACAUAUAUCUUUUACUAAAACAGAAAAAAAGAAUAGAAUAUGUUUAUGGAGUUUUUUUUUGUUGUUGUUGAUUUGUUUUGCUGUUUUAUUUUCUUACUCUGGUGUGAAACAUCACCUGUAUUAGCACAAAUGAAGAGGACGCAGGCAGACAAGAUCAAUAGUUUUCUUCUGGCUGCCCCUUUUGCUUUGGUGCAGAGGCACUUAGACUGAACAAGUGAGACGCAUGAGUGUGUGUGUGUGUGUGUGUGUGCGUGUGUGUGUGCGCGUGUGGCCGGACAUGUGUGUUUGUGUGUGUGGCUCACGUGUCCAUGCCUGUCAACUUUGUAUUUAUAACAUUAAAGGUCAUUUGAGUGAAAAAUAA